CCUCAGUUGUCUUCAGAGAACAUAUGUACACCUCCCAUUAUCUAUGUGCCUGUCUAUCUCACUCCAUCUCCCACUCUCUAUCUCUCCUCCCUUCUCUGCUUCUGGACCCACUGCCUGCCUCUACCACUGUUGCUCUCUGCCUGCCUGACCUGUCCUCAGGCUGAGGAUAACUCAUCAGGAAGAGGAGUUUGUCUAAUAAAGGAACAUCUACACGGGUGAAAGAUUCCCACACUAGGAUGCAGCGGAUCCGGGAGGGCAUCCACAUAAGGACCAUGAAGGCCAAGAGGAAAGUGGAGGACAUCUCUAAGGAAGACGUCCAGGCCUUCUUCAAGAAGAACGCCUUUGUGCUCUUUACUGUAGCGGCCGUCGUUGUAGGUAUAAUCCUUGGCUUUGCACUGCGUCCCUAUAAAAUGACCUACCGAGAGGUGAAGUACUUCUCUUUCCCUGGAGAGCUGCUGAUGAGGAUGCUGCAGAUGCUGGUGCUUCCCCUGCUGGUAUCCAGUCUCAUCACAGGCAUGGCAGCGCUGGACAGUAAGGCUUCAGGAAAGAUGGGCAUGCGAGCUGUGGUGUAUUACAUGACCACCACCAUUAUCGCUGUCAUCAUAGGCAUCAUCGUGGUGCUCAUCAUCCACCCUGGGAAAGGAUCUAAGGAUGAGUUCAUGAAGCAGUCGAAGAUAGAGGACAUCAGCCCUGCUGACGCCUUCCUGGAUCUCAUCAGGAACAUGUUUCCACCAAACAUGAUCCAGGCCUGCACACAGCAGUUCAAAACCAAAUACGGGAAGCGAAUCGUCCAUGUGACGAUGACAGUGAACGACUCUGUCUUCAACCUGACCAACCUGACCGAGCAGAUCACCAGGGAGGAGGUGAUCCCCAUCCCGGGCACGGUGAACGGGGUCAACGCCCUGGGGCUGGUGGUCUUCUCCAUGUGCUUCGGCCUCAUCAUCGGCAACAUGAAGGAGCAGGGCCAGCCCCUCAGGGAGUUCUUCGACAGCCUCAAUGAGGCCAUCAUGAGGCUGGUCGCCAUUAUCAUGUGGUAUGCCCCAAUCGGUAUCCUGUUCCUCAUAUCGGGGAAAAUCGUGGAGAUGGAUGACAUCACUGAGAUGGGUGGUCAGCUGGCCAUGUACACCAUCACGGUGAUCAUAGGCCUUUCCAUCCACGCUUUCAUCAUUCUCCCAGGCCUGUACUUCGCCAUCACACGGCUGAACCCCUUCAUCUUCAUCAUGGGGCUGGUGGAGGCCCUCAUCACAGCCCUGGGAACCUCCUCCAGCUCAGCAACUCUGCCCAUCACCUUCAAGUGUCUGGAGGAGAACAACAAGGUGGAUAAGCGCAUCACACGGUUUGUGUUACCGGUGGGCGCCACCAUCAACAUGGAUGGAACAGCACUAUAUGAGGCUCUGGCAGCCAUCUUCAUAGCCCAGGUUAACAACAUGGAGAUGAACAUAGGUCAGAUCAUCACAAUCAGCAUCACAGCCACUGCAGCAAGUAUUGGAGCUGCUGGGAUCCCACAGGCUGGACUGGUCACCAUGGUGAUUGUGCUGACCUCUGUUGGACUUCCCACUGAUGACAUCACCCUCAUCAUUGCGGUUGAUUGGUUCCUUGAUCGGCUGCGUACCACGACAAACGUCUUGGGCGAUUCCAUUGGGGCAGGCAUUGUGGAGUUCCUAUCUCGACACGAGCUGCAGGCCAAGGAUGUGGAGAUGGGGAACGCUGUACUGGAGGAGAGGAAGAAACCAUACCAGCUCAUCUCUCAGGAAAACGACUACGAGAACGCCAAACGUCCGGGCACUGAAACCAAGAUGUAGCUCAAUGCUCACACACAAAUAUACACGUUUUGGUUUAGUUUAGUUUUUAUUCUUUGUCAUAUUUUUCCAAUUAUUGCCACUGUGCCAUAUUUCCUUUCCUUUGUUGUUUUGUCAUUCAUAAAGUUCCUUUUACAAAACAAAUAAUUAUCUCCCUGAAGUGGCCCAAUCAAAUUGCUUACAUCUGCUGCCGCUCUACAAGAUAGAUAGGCUUCCUGUUUUUGUGGUUUUUCUGGCUAUUUUUGUGUUGAGUUAAGUCAUCUUGGCCUAGAAUAAGUACGUGGUAUAAUGGUAUAAGUAAGGUGGAAGUUGAUGAGGGCGUUGGUGUCAGAAAGGUAUUUUGUAAAAAGAUCGAAAGACAACAUAUGUUUGAAUGACUGGACAAGCGAUAUCCUUCACAAAAUGCAACAGAGAACACAUUUCAUUUGAUACUAAUGACAUUAGGCCCUAAUAUACACUACAUGGCCAAAAGUAUGUGGUCGCCCCUUCAAAUUUGGAUAUUUUAGCCACACUCGUUGCUGACAGGUGUAUAAAAUCGAGCACACACCCUUGCAAUUUCCAUAGACAAAAAUUGGCAGUAGAAUGGCCUUACUGAAGAGCUUCGUGACUUUCAAUGACUUUCAGUGUGUCACCAUCAUAGGAUGCCACUUUUCCAGCAAGUCAGUUUUUUCACAUUUCUGUCCUGCUAGAGCUGCCCCAGUC